AUUACGUAAGUGAUUUCAUACACAUGGUAAACAGAGUAAACGCAAAACAAUUAAAAAUCUCUUGAGUAAAAAUACAUCAACAUUGUUUUAAAAGAUGAAGUUGCAAGGCGGAUCAACUGAUGUUCAUUGUUGUCACAAAGAUUAAACUAACAUCAAGUGUUUUAAUUGUUCCAACUUGAUAUUUGUCAGGUCUCCUAAUUUACUUGUCCUCCCAGCGACUCUUCAGCUCUCAGAUCAGGUUGUAAAUAGCUGGUUAAGCCCUAUCCGGCCCUUGUAAAUCUCAUUGGCCUGAGUUUGGAGGAGGGAUCAAAUGACUAUAAAAGAUGGCGUGACGCAAGCCCUCACAUAAUGCUUCCUGAAGCUCAAGCGAGCAGGUAGAUGAAAUUCACCAGAUAGCCUUUCAUCGGAUUAUCCAAUAAUAAAAUGAAAGCACACAUUGGUUCUGUUUAAAGUGUGUGUGGCCACUUUGAAGAAGGAAACUGAAGUUUUGAAAGACAAUUUUGGGGUUUAUUACAUCCUGCAAGAUGAGUUGUGCAAAUGUGAUGUCGCGGUUUGGGCCGCCGGUGUCCGUGCGGUCGGUGGAUAUGGCGGUUGGUUUCCGGUGCAGAGGCUCUCCACACAUCAACCACCACCUGCUUAUGUCUUCACCCAAGCCCCUGCGGCCUUGCAUCUCCCAUCAGCCGGUGUUUGAGUACCGACACUCCCCUUCCGCGGGCCUCCUCGCCAAAAAUGGCCGCCGUGAAAAACGCGUCGCGUUCGCGGACGCCAAAGGCCUGGCGCUCAUCACUGUGCGCCUGUUCACCGAGAAAGAGGACAACAUAUCGGCCGACCCAUUAACAAUCCCACGGCUAAAAAAGCUAGGCAGUGCUAAAGAGCCUGCUAAAGCGAAUUCGAGGCUGAAACUUGGGUUCGAGCAGCCUUGUUGUGAUUACCAGGCGUUCAGAAACCGGCUGCAGGAACACACGGUGCUGUUGGAGAGCUGUGACGUCACCAAACGAUCUGUUCUCGGCACCGUUCGCGUCAAAAACGUCUGCUUUGAGAAAGCGGUGCACGUCCGUAUCACUUUCGACAGCUGGAAAACUCACUUGGACGUUCCGUGCACGUACCUGGAUCGGUGUUACGGGGAACCAGGAACCGACGUGUUUGAGUUUAACAUCAGCGUCCCUGAACAGGUAGACCCGAGUGAACGCGUCGAGUUCUGCGUUUCCUACUUACCGGCGACGUUCACCGCUGCUGAAUGGGACAAUAAUAACGGCAAAAACUACUGCAUACAGGUGUGUGACUGAAUCUGCACAACAAACAUGCACACAAAAUAUCAAUAGAUGUCAAACAGACGCCUGGGGCUAAAACGAAGCUAAAUUUGAGCUGUUAGUGAACAUCUAAUGGACGUAUAAAAGAGACUAGUCCUCAAAUACACUGGAAUAAAUGUGAAGUCUGUUUAUGACUGAUGAUUAGUCAAAUUUUGUGCUAUUCCUAGACAUGUAUUAGAUAUUUCACUGACAGUCCAAAUUUAGGCUCCUAGCCAAAACAUCCAUGCCAGACGUCUAUUAGAUGUCUGUUAAACACAAUUGCUUUGUGGGUGCUUGACUUUUUUGCACUUGUCACCUGCUUGCUACUGGCCUGUUUAGCACAGAACUGACUGAAAUGUUGUGCCAUGAACGUUUUGUUGGGGAAAAAAAUUGAGCUUCUUGCUGAUGUUAUGGGUAAUGCAGUAUUUUUUAUUUUAAUGAGCAAUGUUUAUAACAGGUUUGUUUUUCUAUUUUUAGAGAAAUGAAUUUUAGAGGUUCGGUAUUUAAGCACUUUAAUGUGUUUCUUGAACUUUCAUACUGUGGCUAAUUUAAGUUUU